AUGCGGCUCGCCGGGGGCUCCGGCCCGCCCCGGGCGGCGCCCUCUCCCGGGAACGGCAGCCGGUGGCGGGCGGCGGAGCCCGGCGGCAGCAGCCCCAGCCCCGAGGCGUGGUCGGGGUCGCCCAACGGCAGCCUGGGUGGCUGGGACCCGUUUGGACGGGACGAGGAGCUGGCUAAGCUGGAGAUCGCCGUGCUGGCCGUCACCUUCGCCGUGGCGGUGGUGGGCAACGGCAGCGUGCUGUUGGCCCUGCGGCGCACGCCCCGCAAGGCGUCCCGCAUGCACCUCUUCAUCCGCCACCUCAGCCUGGCCGACCUGGUGGUGGCCUUCUUCCAGGUGCUGCCCCAGCUCUGCUGGGAGGUGACCCACCGCUUCCACGGCCCCGACGGGCUCUGCCGCGUCGUCAAGCACCUGCAGGUCUUCGGCAUGUUCGCCUCGGCGUACAUGCUGGUGGCCAUGACCGCAGACCGCUACAUCGCUGUCUGCCACCCGCUGAAGACGCUGCAGCAGCCCACCAAGCGCUCCUACGGGAUGAUCGCGGCUGCCUGGGCGCUCAGCCUGCUGCUCAGCACCCCGCAGUACUUCAUCUUCUCCCUCAGCGAGGUGGAGCGCGGCUCGCAGGUGUACGACUGCUGGGCGCACUUCAUCAUGCCCUGGGGACCCCGCGCCUACAUCACCUGGAUCACCGGCGGCAUCUUCGUCGCUCCCGUCCUCAUCCUCGUCACCUGCUACAGCUUCAUCUGCUACCGCAUCUGGCGCAACGUCAGGGGCAAGACGCGCUCCGGGGAGGCGGCGGCGGGUAGCGGGAGGCGGCCGGGUGGUGGCGGCGGCCCGCGGCGGGGGCUGCUGCUCGCCCCGUGUGUCAGCAGCGUCAAGACCAUCUCCCGCGCCAAGAUCCGUACAGUGAAGAUGACCUUCGUCAUUGUCUCGGCGUACGUCGUCUGCUGGGCGCCCUUCUUCACCAUCCAGAUGUGGUCCGUCUGGGACCAGCACUUCCCCUGGGUCGAUUCUGAAAACACUGCGACUACCGUCACGGCUCUGUUAGCCAGUCUGAACAGUUGCUGUAACCCAUGGAUCUACAUGUUCUUCAGCGGGCAUCUCCUGCAAGACUGCAUCCAGAGCUUCCCUUGCUGCCAGAAAAUAAAGCAAACACUGAGUAAAGAAGAUUCAAACAGCAACAGCAGGCGACAGACCUCCUUUACCAACAACAGAAGCCCAACCCACAGCCUGAACACCUGGAGAGAGUCACCCCAUUCCAAAUCCACCAGCUUCAUUCCCAUCCCGACAUGAGACAGGCCCCAGGGGAGGCAGGGCUUGCAGCCCCCUGGCACUGCUUGGGAAGGCUCCUGCAUAGCACUUGACACUGGUCAGGGUCACCAGUCAUGGUAAUAAGGAAUGACUGCGAUGGCCUUUAGACAAAAUGUGCCAUAUUGCCCAAUAAGCAGUUCUGCAGCAUAUAAUUAUUUUCUGUAAGGUGUUUAGGACUUGGGCAACUGAUAGGAAGGCGUUACAACAAUAAAGCAAUUAUUUUUCUAAAUAGAA